GGAAUGACAGCGGUAUUGUCAAGUAAUGUCAGCGGUGUUGCUAGUAAACAAACAUGGCGGCCGUAGAGGAUGUAACUGCGAACCUUCCUUCGCUCCAGUUUGAAGCUGCCCUAACACACCAGGAGAAGUAUGCUUUAUUUCGUAAGACUGCAUGCUACUUUCUCAAGACUUUGUUUGAGCUAGUUGUCUUGAUUUUGUUCGUAGGGAGCUGUUGUACUUGCGAGGGAGAAGUCAUGCUUUGACCGUUUCUGCGUGUGCCCAAGCGUAAGUCUCCUUAUAUCAGCUGAGUUUAGGGCUGGUUUCCAUACGAUGGCAACGAUAGAUGCAAUCGCUAGGUUUGCUGAGAAACAACGUUAGGCGAUCAAGUGCGGCUUGGUGGCUCGGUGGUCACUGAUGAGCCACUGAGCCACCGGGCCAGCCAUUAAAACAUAAUAGUCCUUUCUCGUACAGUGUGUUUUGAGACUUUAACCUCUACUGGCGAGCCAUCGAGCCGCCGAGCCACAAAAAUAUAUACCUUUCUCGUUCUUUAAGACGCUAACUUCCACUGAUGAGCCAUCGAGCCACUAAAAGAUACGCACGCUGUGGCUAUAUGGUCAGUAACCGGUCAAGGUUUUCAAAACACUACAUGACCGGCACUCCUAUAUAUUCUCAGUAAAUUUCACAAAUCGAAAAAACAAGCUAAUCUAAGCUAUCAUAUAUCGAUAAAGAAAAGUCAAGCGAUCCUGUUCCAAUGCUUUGCUCAAGUUUAGUGUUUGGUUUACACUGGACUCAGAAAACGAAACCAUGUUUUGUGACACUUAGAGAUCUAUAAUGCAUUUCAGGAUAUCUUGACUUUUCUUAAUCAACAUAUGAUAGUUUAGAUUAGCCGUUUUUUCGAUUUGUGAAAUUUACUGAGAAUAUAGGACUGCCAGUCAUGUAGUUUUUGAAAAAAAAAAAAUAGUGGUCGAUGAAUGAUUUAGUGCAUGGAUUUUAUAGUAAAAGAAAAUCUAUCCAGCUGCAGAAAAUCUUACCUGCUUGGGUAGCGAAUCACAACACAUGUUCCUCUUCAUCUUGCUUGCUGGCUGGGCCAGCAAUAAUUGUAAUGGAAGUAAAUAAAAACGGAACUAAGGUCACACAGUAUUUGUUUGUGAGAAAUAAUACACGUACAUGGAAGUACUGUAUGCAAAUUAAUUACUGACUAUUGAACCAAAAGCAUAAUACAAACAAUCUUGCUUGUGCAAAGAAAAGAGGAAAGAUUCUGGCUCAGCCCUAACCAUUUAUUAUUCAAAAGUGCUUUUUUUGACUAAAAAGAAUAAUAUUUAUUUAUUUGUUGCAGGGCAUUUUUGGUAGCUGUUUUAAAUGAUGCAAGACAGAAAAUUGUGGAGAUUAAGUUUCCAGUAAAAAAGCGGGUAAAGCAUCUGCAAUUGUAAUAUUGUUCCUCUAAUUAUUGUGCUUAUGCAGAAGAUAUUUGAUUUUAUAUUUUUUUUUAUAGGAAAUAGCAAAUGGUAACAUGGCAAGAAUAUAAGUAGAGUUCUUUCUUUUGCUGUAGGAUGUUUCUUUUUUAACUUGGCUGACAUUAGUUUUUGUGUUCUGCAUCAAUAUAAAAUUUAUAGUAUCUUGGGCGCUUUCGGCUUUUUUUGUCAGAACUGACUGGCCAGACCAUUCCUGUUGUAUGAGAAUUUCACUUUAAAUCAUAACUAUUCAGGCAGUUCAGCCAAAUCCUAAAUACAGCAGUCUGCAAGAAGGUGAUGGUUUUUCAAUUAAAACUCUUGGACAGCGCCUAUUAAAUUUUUAAACGGAUUUGCCCUGGCUGGCAAUGGUAUGGCCAGCAAGUUGUGACAAAUGGAAAGUGCCUAUAGGAAUUAUUAGGUCUCACAUGAUCAACAAUUCAAUUUUUGAUAAGUGAAUUUUUCUUAAUGAUACAAACUGGUUUUAAAGAAGAAAAGCACUGUGAUGUAUAUUAACUGAAAAAAAAUAAUAGUAACAAAGAUAAAACUUGAAAUAACAUUAAUAAUGAAUAUGCUAAGAGUCAUUGGAAAUGUGGACAAUGGAAUGGUGCAGAGAGGUUGCAGUGUUAAACAACUGUUGAUUAUUAAAUAAUUGCACUUCUUCUACACUUGCCAACACAAUGAAUGCGUCUUCCAUUUUUUGCUUGAUUCCGAAAGUUAGUUAAUGUUUGUUUGUAGUCAUCCAAGCUUUUACAAGAGGCACCUAAGAGAGAUCCCCUGUUGGUAGGAAUCAUUGGUUGUGGCCGUUUGGGAAAACAGCUUGCAAAUACCCUGCUAACUUUCUGUGAGUAAGCUCAACAACACUCAGGACUUGAUUAUAUCUACACUGUAGAAGUUAAAAGUGUACAAAAGUCUAUUUACUUGCUUGUUCCUAUAACCAGUGAAUACAGCCUUCUCUCCUGACACCUUGCUGCUUGAGACGUUUCACAGGAGAGGCAUUCUGUGAUUUAUCCCCAAAAAUGCAAUCUGUCUGGAAAAGGGUCAGCGGUCAGUGCUAAAUGUAAUGAAUCUUCUCAACAACAGUCAUUUGUCAUGGAGAACUGCUGUAUUUGCAUGAGGAUCAGUUCUAUACAGCUCUACCUUUCUCAGCUUCUAUUGCUGUUGGCCAGAACCUCUUCAGAACCUCUAAUUUGAUAGGUCCUUGUUGGCCCGAAGCUCUAUUGUUUCAGAGUUGGGGUUCAUUGUUAGUUUUGUUUUGGUUAGGGCUAUUUAUUGUUUUCUAAACCAAUCCUGUGAACUGUUCUUAGAGCGUCCGACCCACCCUUCAGUUGUACCAUUUAGAGGUAGCUUGGCCAAGUGUUCAGAGUACUGGACAUGCAAUCAGGUGGCAGCAAGUUAAUUCCUGAUCUGACCUGAACUGAAUUUGUUUCUUUUUUGGUAUAUUCCUGAGCUCAAUUCCUCAGUCUCACUAUUAUUAUAAAAUUGUUGUCGUUGUUUAUGGAAAUGGUCAACUCAAAAGCCACUGGCAUCUGUACAUGUAAUGCAUGUACCUAUGUGGUCAUAGAUUAAUUACUUUCUUUCUAAACAUUGUCUUGGUUAGUUCAUGAACCGUGUAGUGUGCGGUACAUGUAACAAAAAGUGAGUUGAAAUUUGGCCAAAGUGAUAAUUCAUUUACAACAUAUUCUCAUUGAGUAUAGAGUUUCUGAUAAAACAAACUUGAAUAGGAUUGUGAAUUAACUUGAUUAAUUGAUUUAUAAGAUUAUUAUUAGAUGUUAAAGUAGAAUCCUGAAUUGGAAGCAUGGGGCUCAUAUGGGGCCCAGGCUCCUGUCGGGAUCAGUUUAAGUAGACAGAACAUUAGAGAAAAGACGCAAAAUAAAUUUAGAAAUUAACUGUAGUUUGCUUUCCGUAUUAUAUUAUUCAAUUCACAGUGGACAUACAGCAAAUUGCUGUAGCUCAAAAUAUCUAAAAUUCGUAACUGUUCAUAAGUAGGAUGGCUGAAAAGUGUGCAUAUUAUUAUAUUGUUAAUACUAUGUUCCUCUUGUGCUAGUUUUGCUUUGAACGUUUCAGCGGAUGUUCACCCUGAAGAGUUAUUUCUGUCAACAAGGAGGCCUGAAACAUUGUCCUCUUUACAGGCAAAAGGAGUCCACUGUGGUUUUGAUAACAUCAAGGUCUGUAGCUAUUGUUGAGGGAAAUUAGGUACCACUUAGUAAGUGAGAGUGAGGUCAUUAGUGGGAAAUCUCAGACAGAGGCCGUGUGGUCUCUAAUCACCAAACGAACAAAGGUUAAUGAGUUAUAAUAUUAUAUGACCUUUUCAUUUUGAACCAGAGCCUGCGAUCAAUAAUUUAAAACCAAUAACUGGUCACCAGAUAACUUAAAAAAAACACGUCACGUCAAUGAGUCGUACACUUGAGCCCACAAUAUAGUCAUGUGACACUGGUCAGCGGAUACCCUUUUUGAUAGCUGUCAAUUGAUCAUAACAUGGAUGUCCAUUAGGAUGUCCAUUAUCAAGUUCACCACAGAUGGUAUAUGCCUUGGACACCUACAUUUACAUGUAGCUACUGUAGUAAUGCCCGGUCAUUACAAAAAAAUAAUGCCCGCGGCAGCCAAUCAGAGCACGCGUACUGUUAUAGCCAUUAAGUCUGUCUUUACAUCACUUUGUUUGCUAAUCAUCAGUUAUAGGCCUCUUCCAUUAGUUGAUCAAUGACAUGUGAUCAGCUUUCGGUAAAACGAAAACAGUUCCCUUUUGAAAAAUUUUGUUAGCUCGAGCUGAAAGAGCAUAUUAAAAUUAGGUAACCUGUCAAUUUUCAGCCGUAUAUCUCAAAAGUAGCGAAUGGAACGGCCGCCAAAAAUUAGAAGGAUUUGUAUGAGAAAAACAGCUUUUGCCACCCAGUCACUCUUGAAUGGUUUUCCAUACAAAUCCUUGUAAAUUUCGAAAUUCCAGACUGUCGUGAAAUAUUUCCUUAAGCGUUUACGAGCUUCAAAUCUCCUUUUACUUUAUAACAGGCAAUUUGAACACUUAAAUGCGUAAGAGAAAGAUUUAACGACAGUUUAAAAAUUUCAGAAUUUAAAAGGACUUCUUGGAAAACCACUCAAGAGUGACUGGGUGGCUAGAGUUGUUUUCCUCAUACAAAGCCUUCUAAUUUUCGGCGGCCGUUGCAAUCGCUACUUUUGAGAUGUACGCCUGAAAAUUUUCGGGUUACCUAAUUUUAAUAUACUCUUUCAGCUCGUGCUAACAAAAUUUUUCAAAAGCGCACUGUUUUCGUGUUUACCGAAAGUUGAUCACGUGAUCAACUAAUGCGAAAGGCCUAUUUAGGCCCCGAAACCGACAUUUCGGAACAGUGUAUCAGCUAGUAAAGGGUUAUUUUAUUUUCAUUUAUUUUUAUCGAUAAACUUUCUUUUUUUCAGUGUAAAAGUAUUAGGAUGUGUCCUGUUAAUCAUAUUCAGGAAUAAGAAUAUGAAAGUUUUAUGCAAGUCUGGUGCCGUGAUUUUUAGACCGCUUGAACGGUACAUACUUGUACAUUGCCUUUUUUAUACAUAUAUCAAGCAGAUUUCUAGAUAUUGCAAUGCAAUGAACGCCAAAAUAAGUGAUUACUAUAGUUUAUUUCAUUUAUUCUUAUUCAGUAAAAGGGUCAAUUGAACAAACCCCUUAAGAUCUUCAAGACCUUUAGUUAAUCUAAUACAAUGUAGCAUUCUAAUUGAUAGAUUUGUCAUUACGUGGCCCUCUUUCAGGUGUGCAGUACGGUACACAUCCUUUUUAUCUGCUGUCUGCCCUCUCAGUUACCAACAGUGGCCAAGGUAUGUUCAAAUUGCUAUUUAUCGCCCUGAAAGAAGGCAUUCACAGAUGUUUCGUUUAAGGGCCAGUGGCUUUACUUUAGAAAGAGAAUAAUACAUAGUGUUAAGCGUUUUGAUGUCACUCAAGCAGGUUGAACUAUUAAACUAGAGCAGUUAAUGAAGAUUUCCUGUUUCUUAUUGCGGGAAAAAGCUGAUCUUGUUAAACUUCCAAGUAAAGAAGAUGGAGUAAUAUUAAAUUAAACAUAAAAGAAGAAUGAAAUGAAAGGGAAUUAAAGCAGAUCUUUUCAUUAUUGCUUUCUGUACAUGCUUGUACAAGUUUGUUGAUAACAUUCGCUGUAAAGUACCAGUUUGGAAAUAGCCUGUUCACAGACCCUCUUUUUUCUCGUCAAAGUCCUUCGAGCUAGCCUGCGAACAGCAGACGCAUUUCCGGUCGUCGCUUCUCUCCCUGACCGGAAAUGCGUCUGCUGUUCGCAGGCUACCGUAGAGCGAGCCGUGAUAAAAAGUAAAAACCGCGGGGGAUUUAUUGACCGCCAGCGCAAGGGGGGUAGUGGUGGGAGAAAAAGAAAAUAUAUUUCUUUCUCGCGCGCUCGCGAAUGUUUUCGAAAAGAACAAAAAGAAAAAUAAAGCAACGUCUGUGUACAUCCUAGUUUGGAAAUAGACUGAAUUGUUUCUUUUUUGGUAAGCAGUGACAGGUACAAAAGAGAAAAAAAAAAAAAGAAGAAGAAAUAAAGGAGAAAGAAAUAUGACAUAGAAUAUCAAAAACCAUUCAACACACCCAUCUCAUGCGCGUUUUGAUACACCCUUUUUUAAAGCGCGCACAUUCAAAAAAGGUGCAGCUCUCUGGACUGCGAGUGUCGCUUGCCUUUAAACUGUAAAAUAAGUCUAGUACCUCGGCUUACCUGUAACUCAUGGGUCUGGUGUGGCGUGACAUUUAGUGUAAUAGUUUCGUUUUUUUCUUUCCCCCCUAGGAAAUCAAGGGACACUUAACCUGUCCAGUAUAUGUUUUAGUUGGAGGUUUGUGCAUUGAUUUUCCAACUUAAUUGCACAAGGCUGGCAGGGAAGCUAGGCAGGGAGGCUUCAUAUAAUGAUCUAAAUUAAUCUAGUAAUUCACACAAAUACACUUUUAAGACAGUGACAAAAAAUAAAUCGAGACCUUAAACAUUCCGCAUUCUUUCACUGAACAGUUCUUACUGACUUAAAGUCAAUGUAAUUACUCGUAUUUUUAAACCAGGGACUCCGCUAUCGAGAAUCCGUCAGUUACUCGAAUACGACCAGAUUAUUAAACCUGAAUUUGUAUCCUUUACAAGUAUCAUCAUGUUGUUCCUUUUUCUUAACCCUUUAAGCCUCAUUAGUGACCAACAUCAAUUUUCCCCUAACAAUAUCAAUGCAUUAUCAAGAGAAAAAGGUGUGAGAAUUAAUAAAAUGAUCACCAAAGGAAAAAUGAUUUGAUCUUUUAUCAAAUUCUUCUAACUAAUUCUUUAAGGAAAUGUAUGGAGAUCAGUAUGGAGAAUUUGUAUGUUGAUAAAAAUGCUUUGAUCUUUUAUCAAAUUCUUAUAACCAAUUCUUUAAGGAAAUGUAUGGAGAUCACUAUGGAGAAUUUGCAUGUUGAUAUUGGGACUUAAAGGUUUAAAGGGGCUAUGUCAAUAGGAUAUUGCUGUUUUAGGUCAAUGUUGUGCUGAAAAUAAUAUUACUUAGUUCCUUUACCCAUAUACAAAAUGCCCUUGUACUGUACAGUUAUAAAGCAGAUAAAAAGAUCUCUACUUUCCCCUGCCCCAAGAGUCUGUGCGGACUACUUUCCACUACCCACAGCGUCCGUACGGACGUACGGUGACGUCAUAACCAAAUUUUCUUACCCAUGGUGCUCUGCUGGCGCGAGGGAGCUCCGCUAUUAAAUAAAGUUUACUUACGAGCAAUAACGUAACCAUGAUAAUAACUUUGCCGUCUGUAGCCACAGACGAGUUUAAACUGUUUCAAUGCCUAAAUUUAUUGUUAUUAAAAUGACAAAACUUGGCUAUAGUUUUAGGAAUUCAAUUGAUGCGAAGACACGUUCUAUCUUUUUAAAAAGAUUGUAAAGAGCGUGGUGUAGUUCUUUUUAGGGCCUCUUAACAUGAGCCCGUUUACUGGGAUGAAUUUCGCCUUGGGUUCAUUUGAGAAAUUUCAGCGCGGUUUCCGAGAUGAGAAAAGGCUAAAGAUCCUUGGGACGAGUUCUGGCGCCAAAUUCGAGAAACAAAGCAAACAUGACGAAACACAAAAAAUUUAACUCUUGCGCCGUUCAUAGCUUCGGCAACUGUUAGAGCUGGAUCACUGCUGUUAAAUGGGAUGCUUAUGAUGUGGAAAAUACGGCAGGCAACGCAAGACGAUGCCAUCCGGACCUCCAGAAUUCAUCCCACUUUCAUCCCGAGAGUUAAGUCGAGAUCUCGGAAACCGGGCUCAUGUGAAGAGGCCUUAAAGUGCCAAUAGACCGCAAAGAUAAUUCAUUGUGAUUGUCAACUAAGGUACUCAGCAAGGUAGUUUCACUACUAAAUUGUCGCGCAAAUUUCGAGUUAAGAAGUACAGUGAGGUUUAACAUUUUUUUUUAUCAUAGUGCUUGUAUAAAUUGUCAUUUGCCUUAACUACAUUUAAGUCUUGGAAAAUCCCAGACCCAGCAGACAAGUCUGGUAACGACUGGAACAUUGGUAAAGAAGUGAGUGAAAUCCUCAGUUUUCUGAUAUUUAAUACACUAAAGCCAGUCGAGUCAGGCAGUGUGGGGACGCUUCAUGAUGUCUCCCUUUUUUAGUCGGGCCUAGGGCCUAGACCGGGGACAGUACACAGCUCCUUAGAACCUCUUAUUUCAUUGGUUCUCCAUAACACGCAGCUCCAUUGUUUUAGGGACAGAGUCAUUGCUAUAUUUGUCUGUUGUUUUCACAGCCAAUCAUGUGAGUUCUUGUAAAGACCUAGACCGACUUUUACUCGCCGUUCACUCGUAUCCGUUUUUGUUUGAAAACGGAGAUUUUUUUCCUCCGGUUUGGCUUACCGUCCACUUGUAUUCGGUGAAAGCGGUCACCGAAAACUCAUCUUUUAAAAAACUCUCUCUCUAGAGUGAAGAUUUUUGAGAGCGCCGUUUUGCUGUACUAGUGUGGGUGGAAGAAAACGGUGGUUUAUGGAAACGAUUACGUGACGGUGUUAGAUCCAGCUCAGAUACCAGCUGAGUAAAUGCUCAUGCUUCCGUCAAAAAUGGUAUCGUUUUCACACACUAUUGCGUUUUCGUACGAAUGCGGAUUGUUUUUUUUUGAAAACGUUAUCUCCGUUUUUAGCGAAACAAAAACGAGUACGUGGGAUCACGGCCGUUAAUUUAACACGAGACUCAAUUUUACAGUGACGAAGAAAAUGCCCGUCCAUCAUGUUCAAUAAAAUAAUUAACAAUUAAUGAAUGCGGCUUUCGUAGGAUAUGAAGAAUUAAGCAGAUCGAGGAGGGUGCUAUCGACUUCCGCCUUUGACCUCGGUGGAUAACACCCUCCGAGAUCUGCUUAAUUCUUCAUAUCCUACGAAAGCCGAAUUCAUUAAUUGCUUUAUUAUUCAUUCAAAAUAGUUCCUAGUUUAAAAACAUAGCUAAAACAUGCUUACCUGCAUCGAUGUUAAGUUUAUCUUCGAUAGUGUACGGUGAGAUUUGUCCAGCUCCGUAAAUAUUCUCCAAAUAGCAGAUGCCGCCCUCCGAGUUGUCUUCUUGCUGUUUUUAUGUUUUUAGCCAUUAUUUCGCCUAGUUCCAGCUGUAGUUCUUACUCUUGAAACGAUUGACGUGUCCGCCAUUUUAGCUUUCACAACGAAAACAACUCAACCUCGUUCCCAGGUCUUCUCGGUUAACGGUGCAUUAACCUGUAGGGGACUGCAUUUUUGACGUCAUUUUCUCGUUAAACACAAAAUUCUUCCAAAUUUGGUCAUCAUUAACUGGUUAUGGUGAAUUAUGCGUGUGCUUUUAGCCAAUCAGAAUUGGGGAAAUAUUUUGCAUGAAUAAUAACGUUACUUAAAGAAUUCUAAAGCGCAUUCGGCACCAUUUUUAAGCGCUUCCUUAAUAUCGACAGAACAACUUAUAUCCUAUAGCCUCUUGUUCUUCUCCAUUGCACACUAACAAUUUGAUAGGCUGAGAAAACAGCCGACUUUUCGCGCCGCCACCGGUGGUUGGCCCGCAAAAUGACGUUUAAGAACAUGCCUUGAGUAGUGGCACGUCAUGUAUGGAAUUUCCGCGUUCGUUUUUCUAACGUCAUUUCGCUGGAAAACCACCUGUGGCGUCGGGAAGUGUCGGCUGUUCUCUCAGGCUAACAAACUGAAAGUCUUGCACUGCCUUUUGAUCUUAGAGUUUUUUGUCCUAGAUAAACGAAAUCCUUCGCGAAGAUCCUUUGAGUUGUGACGUCACAUGUCCGCUGAACCUGAACAAAGAAAGUAAGUUGCCAAGAGUUAUUUACAGUUGAUUUUAUAAUUUAGCAAUUGUUUCGUUUUUCAUUACGCUUUUUGUUCGCUAAACGAAAGAGAGUUAGUCUCACGCCGGCGACGGCAACGAAAACGUAAAAAGAGUGGAUCAAUUUAGGUUUCUGUUAAACUGCCAACCUACCCCUCCCCUAAGCCAUCAUUUUGCCCUACAUGAGAAGUAAGUGUUAAUGUUAGCUUAGCGGAGGAGUAGUUGGGCAGUUUCCCAAAAACCUAGAUUGAUCCAAAAGAGCAAUAGUUUGAGGCCCCGUUUACACGGGUCCGGACAAAUUUUUGAACGGACAAAACCUUGCGCAUAUCCGCCUUUUGUUUACUGUAGGUUGACCGAUUAAACCAUUAUGCGAUCGAAUGCGUCGCCCUUCGGGCGACGUUCGUUUUCACCAAGCAUUAGGUAAUAUUUACCGGAUUUGUAACACGAUCGCAUGGCGAUUUGAUUAGUAAUGGUCUAGAUAUUUUCUGGAACUACAUAAUAGUACUUGGCUAUUCACCUCCGAGCUAGCCAAUCGGCAUGCGCGAAAAGUACUCAUAUGCCUCCUUAGUACCUGUGCUAACAUAGAGGGUGGCUCUCUCCAAAAUGUUCUACAAUUGGUAUAGGUUUUAAUGGAGCCAAAACCAAUUGUGGAAUUGCACAGAUUUAGUCAUCAAACUGGAGAACAGUUACGACUAAUAGUUAUUUCGAGCAACAACAAUUUCCAGUCUCUCCCCUUUGAAACACUUGCGUAGUACAAUACUAACUGGCGUAUUUAGUCUAGCGCGCUUAGCACAGGCCCCAUAAGAUUUUGUUUAUCUCUUGCUUAGUACUGAAGCCAGGUCAAUAAUUUCUUUUUUACAGCUGCUGUUGUGCAAACGGGAGAGGAAUGGGCCGAGCUGGCAGUGCUUACUUUCCUUAACAUGUGUACUGACAAAGAACUGGGCAAAGGGGAAGCAGUAAGGUACAGUUUCACUACCGCAAUAAGUUAAGGCUUGGAGGCGGAGUGAGAAUCGGAGUCGUAAUCAGAUACUGAACCAAUCGCAAAUCGUGGGAACGAGCAUUGUGAGUGGCUGAUCCUUCCGCUUCUGCUUUAGCCUGAGUAGCUGGCGGUUUUGUUUGUUGAGCUCGCAAAUGAGCGGUGAAGGCUCGAAGAGAAUGGGCGGAAACAAGGAGGAAUCCUAGCGCUCGCUGCGCCUGCGUUCUCGCAGACUCUAAAACCAAACAAAACGCCAGCUACGCAGGCCGUUACUUCUACUUCCGACCGUGACAAUCUGGUUUUAACAUGAUCGUCAGCGAUGGAGUCAUAUAGCGGGCUCGGAAGAAAAUGGAAACUUGCUGACUCUGCUUACUCCGAUUUCGCCGCGUUUAUCAUGGCAAUCAGGGUAGACUGAUUUUUGAUUCUUCCUCAUCGUGUUUUCUCCCAUCAAACUGGUUCGUUCGAGUGCAAGCAUUAAUUUAUUGAUAAACUGAUGGUCAUAACCGAUCCUGCUGUAGGAAGCGCACGGCUAUUAGACCUGGUUGGAAACUAUAUCCUAGCAACAUGCCGCUCAUGUUCAACAAAGAUCUUACUCAAUUGAUGCCAAUCUCGUCCUCAGAGCCUGCGUUACCCUUAUCCCGUAGAACGGACAAUGUAAGUUUUCCUUGGUGCUGAUCAAAAGGAUCGCAGCCUCUGGGAACGAGAUUGCAAUUGAUGCCGUCUUUUUCUUUAUAGCAAGCGAAAGAAAGGCUCUGCUGGCAGGGUCUAUCACAAAGGGAAUGAUAAAAAAAGUUACAAGUAAAAGUAAUUCAUUAUUAUUUUAUUCAUAGCUUAGGGUUAUGUUCGCCAUCUGAACGAUCGUAGCGAUCGUAACGUUGACAACCAGGCAAAAUGAUGACAAAACGAACUUGUUUUUCUUUCCCACAGCUUGUGUAACACAAUUAUGUUCGGCGUGGGUCCUGCUGAUGAUCCUCGUGAUGGUGUAUUGCUAGAUGAGGUAAUCCAAGAAGAGAGAAAAUUAGCAGUAUCAAGUGAUCCCGUGGAUAAACAGUAAGACAUCGCUCUACCUCUAAAGCAGACGCAAUUGGCUGAGGGUUAUUUAUGCUGUAUCAAGUGCAGUUACAAUAUCUUUACCUUGUUAGCGGUCUGAUUGGUUGAUCACUCUGACAUAAAGUAUCCCGGGUAACAGAGACUUUCCAUGCGUGGUUUCCGGUUUCGGUCAGUUCUUGAUAUCGCAGCGGUCGAAGAUGUGCCGGCGUAAAGCCGACGCCGAGACAUUCUGCUGCGCACGAGAGGUACCCAAGGUAUGAAAUAGAAAGAAACGGAAAAACUGCUUACCCUGCCCAGUUUUGCGCAAAGUUAGUGGUCAAACGUGAGUACAAAAGCGACGGUCCGUCUAUACAUGUUUAAGUUUUCCAUCCCAAAAUUUCUGUGAAAAAUGCAUUUGCUAAUUGCUAACUUGGUAGCUAACUUGAAAUGAAAAUCGCUUGUUUAAGCUCCCAAAUUUUCAACGAGAGCGUUUUGCACGCUCAAUAUGUCGGUGCAUACAUCUGCUCCAGCCAUUUUUUUUCCACUGGAGUCCUGUUAUUCCCAUGAAAUUAGGAAGCUUGAUCAAUGACGGCGGCGACGCAAAUUUCCCCGUCGUAAACGGCCGCUGCCAGUUGUUGAGUGUUUCUGUUAAAAAGAAAUAAAAUAGCAGUCUAGGGUCGAACCCGGACAUUUCUAUUCUAAUCUCUCUCCCUAACCAUAAAAAAUCACACUACCACACUGACCCUCCAAAAUUCCAAUCGAUCGGUCUGUUGUCACAGUUAAACAGUCGUUUAUUGUUAGUCAAAUUUUAGUUUUAAAUCUUUCAAAAUAGGAUCCGAGUGAGCAUCAAAAGUUGAGUUAGAGAUAAUUCUGACGACUCGCUUUUGUUUUUGUUUUGCACUUUUAUCACGCGUUUUUGUACACUUCUUUGCUGUUGUUUCACGAUUUCUUGUUUUAUGGAAGACGUCAACGCAAGACAACAAUUUUCUAUUUUUUUCUGAACUUAGACACAGUCCUUAAGAAUCAGCUCCAGAAAAAUUCCCCAACACUUGACAAGUUGAAUGAAAAAGAAUGAGAGUUAUGAAGUUUGGGGCAGAGCGAAUUCAAUUUUCAAGUGACGUUUUCUUUUCGUCUUCUUUUCUUGUUUUGAGUCAAGAUUGAUGAUGAUAAGCCCUUCUUUCCAUUUAAGUUUAACUGACUCGAAGGGGAGAAGAAAAGGAAGAAAAAUGAAUAAAAUUUGAAAUUUCGUCUGGAUUUAUUGUUUUACCAUCGGCCAUAGUUUUACCGCUGAAAGAUGUGAAUUUAACGAAGUUCAUCUUCUAGAACUGUUGGCUGUUUAGCUGCCCCCAAUACUGGGGAAUUACUGUGGACUUCAUGAAAAAAAAAAGUCGCUACAGCUGGAAAGAAUCUAAGGCUACUUCCAGACGAUCCGGGUAUUUUUGAAACCGCAAUCGGCCACACGAAACCAGUGAAUCCUGACACCGAAACUGCACUCAAGAACGGUUUUAGGCCCCGUCCACACGGAUCUGGAUAGAAAAUAUACGGUUUCAUUACUGUCCUGAUUCGUGAGAACAGGACCUAAACUUCCCAACCUUUCCCUAUAUGACAAUAAAAUAAUUUAGCAGUUAUAUAAUAAUAUAAGUGCUAUAUAUGUUUUGGUCGACACUGGUACAAUGUAUGUAUGCUGUCAACCGAAACAUUUCAUCCGGGCAAACCCUGUGGAUGCGUAUUUUACACAACAAAGCACUUUAAAGUAGUCUCUGUUCAGGGGAGACGUGUUUAUGAGGGCAGUUUUAGUUUUACUUGCCUGAGGGAAAACUUCACGAUAUAUUUUACUGACUUAAAUUGAGUUACUGGUGUAAUCCAGAGAAGCCUAUUUAGUCACCCUUCCUGUCCCCCCUCCGCUAUGAGGUUAAAGGCUAACAAGUAUUGACAGUGACAGUCAGUUCAAAUGAUGCAAUACACGUGGUGACUUUGAACAAAAGUCUGCAGUUAUCUGAAAUAUAUCCUUUGUAUUCAACUGAAAGUAAGUUAAGGACAGAUCGUCCGGACAACUCGGCCUGCUUACACAUAUAAACUAAGAGGCAAGUGAAGAGACAAUUAUUAACUUGAAUUGUUUCACUCUCUGCGGGCUAAAAAAGAAAGGAUUUUAUCAUGGUAUUUUCUGCUUCAGGUAUUUCCCGCAUUUCGAUCUCGCCAAGCCUCCAGUUAUCCAGAGCAAAUUAGGAGAACGUUUCAUGGAUUGUAAUGGGAGUCUCAGAAGACUGUUUAUUAAGAGAUACAGAGCCGUGUUUGACAAGUAAGAUAGACGUAAUUAUUAACCUUCUCACUGACACAACGAGGUUUGUCUUUCCUAGUUUCUACCAAUCGGGCUUUGAAAGGCCACAAGGCACAUGAUGAUGAUGUUCGGAGACCACUUUAUUUUUAAGCUGCUAGGGCUGAGAUGUGACCAGAACCUCACUGCUUCUCACGACAUGAUUGGGCAAUCUUAUAUAACAAACUAGCUAACUAACCUGAUAAAUAAAUGCAUCACAAUCGAAUUUUACCGACGCAAUCGAACUUUACUAACUCUGGAUUUGUAACCCAAAUAAUCUAGCUUAACCCCGUUGUUUUGACACCUUAGUUCAAAGGCUAUGUAAAAGACUUUUCACGGGCGCAGUGGUGUUUUAUUGUUUUGAACGAGUGAACUCCUAAAAAGCAUUCACGCUCCAUAUUGUGUCUUUUUUCAGAUUUCAGUACUGGAAAGGAGUUCCAACAAGUAUGCCUUAGUCAGGAAAGAGUUAAGUUGUGUAGAUAAACAUCAUUUGUACAAAAUGUCUUCUGUUUGCAGUAGUUCACUUAAACUUCAUCGGAGAAAAGGAAUACCAACUAUCGAUCGUUUCACUUCCAUGAUAUUUGUCUGUCUUUAAAAAUUAAUGAAGAAGAGGUUGGCUGUACUCGCAGAAUGCUUGCUAAUUGAAGAAACGUGUGAGCAAAAGUUGUAGAAAAUAGGCGAGACAAUACUUGCACCUGUUGCUAACUGAAUAUGGGCAUCCACUCUGCUACUUUUUGCUAACUGUGUGUGUUUAAAAUGUUUUUGGGUCAAGAGGUGCUUGGUAUUGACUUUAUUCUCGCCGGUGCGAAGUUUUAUUCAUUUUAACUGUAUUUAUGGCCAUGGUAAUAUAUAUUUUCGAUUUAUAACCUUUCUUGACGCUGGUUCAUCCACUAGCAUUUUGAUGUAAAUCUUAAAUAAAAUAUCUUCCGUUUCAUGUUUAGGUGAUGUUGAAUACCUUUGUCAUUUGAACUAAAACAUGAAAUGUCAAUAAACGCCAUAAAGUAAAUUGUGUUAGAUAUUUUGUAACUGGGAAAGUGUAAAAAUUGGCUGUUGUUAGAGACAUGUUUAGGGACGGGGAUAGGAAACAUGUGGAGUAUGUCUGAGGUAAGUAUUGAGAAGAGGUUUUUUUUCUUUUCAAAUUCUUGCACGGACAGUCCCUUACUCUAAAGCAGAACCUUUUUUACAAGGUGACCCGCUUGAUGUGUUUAAUGCUAAUGGCUUAAAAGCUGAUACAUUAUUAUGUUUUUCCUUUUGCGUCGCCCGAACAAGGUCUUAACACGUACCGAAAAGAAAUUUCACCUAGUUUACGUAAGUCAAUUCCUCUUGCUGUGCUUCAGUUGAAAAAGAAAAAGAAAAAAGAAAAAUCUGAAAGAAAAGAAUAACUAAAAUCGCCAAAAAUUUGUCCGUUAUGUAAACAUAUAAUCAACCUUUAAUAAGCCAUUUUGUAUUCUGCGAAGCAGUUUGAAAAUGACCGUCAUUAAAUUGUGGACUCUUAAGAACCGUUUAAAGCUUCUUACAAUUUACCUUUUCAUGGGUUCAUUUUUAUACCUCUGGUCUAUUUCUUUCAUGUAGCAACAUAAAGAGAUAAAUCCUUGUAUGCCCUUUUACCUGUUGUACCUGUUCACCGACAUUUGAAAUGACGGGUGCCUUGUAAGGAGUCUGUGUUUCAAAUUCUUCAUGAUCUGUAUUGUUGGAAAUGUGUUCCGAAUAGAACUGUCCUUUUUUAGGUUACUGUUAAACGUUUUUCAACCUUGGAAAACCUUACUCGGUCCAAAUAAGCCUGAAAAGGUUAUGUUUGUAUCGAAGUUGUUUCUCUUUUGGAUCGAAACUCACCAACCAUGAGCGAGGUCCUUACCAUGGUGGUACAAAUAGUUUAGUCAGUAAAUCGACACUUUCGCCCCGAUGAAGACUUGCAGUACGCUGUCGAAACGUCGUGAACAAUAUCUAUAUGACAAUAUGACAAUCGUGAGACAAACGAUUAACGAAACCCUUUAUACACAUUACCCACGAUGAACAAUAUCUUUCAUGACAUUGUUUCUCUUUGUAUCACCUUUCUAAGAUGUACUUGUUUAUCGGCUAGUUUCUAAAGAGGUGGCUCUGCAAAUGGCCUUUUUUUCCUUGUUUUUGCUAGCAAGUAAUUAAUGGUCAAGAUAAUGCCUCGUUUGCACUAACUUUUUGUUUCUCUGUAGAAUCGACGUCAACCAAGCGAUUUGGUAUAGAAACGAAGGUUAUCUUAAUUUUAUGUUUUAGCAUUCAGUUAUUGUACUUUAAAGACAUGGGUGAUAUGUGAAUACGCGGGAAUAUCGGUAAUCGAAAAGUAUGCAUUCAACAAGCAACGCUAAGCUGAAGCGUAAUGAUAUAGAAAAGAAAACAUAUUAAAGCACUUGAAAUUAAGGAAAUUGCAGUUUUCAAGUGCUCAAAGUAGAAACAGUUGGAUUUGAAAAAAAAUACUAUAUUCUUCAAUAUAUCCUUAUUGUUACAGCAAUGGUGCUUUAAUUUUAAUUACAGUGAAGUAAGUUGUAUCAAAUAGCAAAACAUCAUGCUUAAAGGAAUGACUUUUGUUGUAAUACCAUUCCAAAAGGGGUGAUAUUAUUUGUAUGUUCGAAAACAGGCAAUAUAUUUUAUUACCUAAAAUAAUGCUAAGAGUUCGGAUUAGUUCCACUUUGGCGCGUCUUGCACAACCUGACAAGAAACGUCUGUAUCACCCGACUAUGUCAGUUUUAUUUAGAUGAUAACAUUUCGACGAGUAACUUUUUGAAGUGUUAAAGCCCUUUAUGGGUAGGAGAUCGAUACGUCCCAUUUUCAAUUUGCGUUGGGUUGAUAUUCAGGUAUAAUCUGCAAAAUGCGCUAUUGUGCUGGUUCUUUUCUCUGUUUCUGGCUUUAUUUUAUUUUAUUUUUGUUGUUAUAUUAGUAUUCCAAGUGAUACAAUUCAUUGGUUAACCCACGCCUGAACGUGGUGAAUUUUUACUUGAUUUUCCUUCCGAGGUUGCAUUUUUCCCAUAAUCUGUUCCAAAAUAAUGAGGGAAAACUAAACUAUAAAAACACAAGCACAUAAAUGUAAGUCAGUUACAUUUACCUUUAACAAUUUGCGAUUCGCUUGGAAUUCCUUACUGUUGAUGUUCACUUUUCCUUGCGAAUUUAAUUCCUCGGUUCCCUUUGCUUAAAAGCAAGAAUGAAACCUUAAGUCUCAUUUUUCUUGCUAAAGAAACAAUCAAACUAUAGAAGGAGUUUGGUUCAUGUUGAAAAUCGUGUGUUUAAGGGCAUCAGUACUAUGUUUUAAAUAUUUGAAAUUCCAUGUUAUUUAUUGCCUCAAUAGUUCCUAUCCAACAUUUUCAGGUCCUGUCUAUUUAACUAUAGUUGUUUUGUAAUCAUGCGGCUACAGCGUAUGUUAAGUCUUAGUUGUAAAAUCCGUCUUUGCUAGCAGAGAUAUAUUUUUAUCUGCUUUUCAGGAUACACUUUCCGUACAUCUAGGCUCCAUGUACAAGAGAAUCGGGUCGAGUCAUAAAACGCUCCUUUUUUUCAGGAGAAACUUUCGCUUCUCAUCAAUUGAUACAUCUUGAUUAAGAACUAGUGGCAUUGUGAUUUUCAAACACGUUUGGGCCUCUAAAAUCUUUGUCAAAAAUAAGCGAAUAACGGAAAUGUAUAUCACAAUAUAGAAAAAGCAAGAUUGAGGUUUUUUUCAAACAAAAACGCUGCUCUUUAAAUUAAUUUAAAAGAAACAGUUCGCCACCACCUAGAAAAUAAUCUUCAAUCAGGACAAAACAAUAUUCGUUUGAGUGUGACGGUUAACACUUAGUAUUUUUCAUGUCGCAAAGGCAUAACCGUAAGGAGCUCUUUUAACUCUAAAACCGGCUUAGAUUGAUACGCUGACAUUCAUCAUGCAAUACAGACCAGUGAAUGUGUUAACCGAAUCCCGCCGUAGUAUGAGCAUUCAAAUGAACCUACUAUAAAGAUAAAGAAAAGGUAUUGAAAAAGGUCUUGAACUUUGAUUUUUGACUAUCUCGAAGUUUAAUAGAAAAGCUGCAAUGUUAAUGGAUGACGAUAGUCGAAGCAACUCAGGUAGCCUGAGCUGUCUCCACAACCUCCCUCCCCCCCCCCAAACUUUUCUUUAUUAAAUACUAUGGACUCGAAGAGCAGAAUGAUAUUCUUUGUUGUUGCUGCUGCUGUUGCUUAGUAGUAAACACAAAAAGCCUUUUUUUUCUAUGAAUGACGUCCUUUAACUUAAAUUGCGAAAAUUCCAACUGACCAGACAAAAAAAAAAACACUUGGAGUCGCUUAAGAAGUUUCGUUUAAGUGGACGGACUAAAGCACCAAGCCAGAACUGCACGCCAAUUUCUUCUCAUAACUCAAUCUGGGAGGAAAGGUAUAAGGUCACCAGUAGCACCAAGAUUGCUGAUAGGUAAUUAGUAAUGAUGCUAAAUUUUACUGGCGCGGACAUAUCUUAAGAAAAAAAUAUAAUAAAAUAGUAAUAAUAAAAUAAACACUAUCCUUUUAAUUUUCCAUUCGAUUUUAGAGAAGCGAGUUUUCCUGAAAUAAAACAAUUACUUGAAAAAUGAAAAGAAACCUUGAAUAUGCAAUACUUUACCAGUUAUAUUUUGAGGGUAUGUAACAACUAAUUAGUAGCACAAGGAACACGACUUCUAUUAGGCAACUAAUCAUUUAAUAAAAUGCCACCAUCUCUACAACCGCAAACAAAUUGCAAUUAGCAACUUGAAAACUUUCCAAAGUCUAUUCACUUGAGGUUUAUAUGAAUGCCAAAUUUGAAAACUGAUAUUGUAGAUUUUUUUGAUAAAAGGUACGUCAAAAGGAAUAUGAUAAAUAUAAGGAAUUGCAUGAAAAUCAUAUCAUAUAGACACAAGCAACCGUUGCUAAUCAUAAUUUUAAAAGACGACGAAAGCUUUAAAUGGGUGCAUUUUAGAAAGAAAAAAGCGACUGAAUAUAUUGUCGAAAGUUUAUUGAUAAAAUAAUAUAUUUUUUAUUUCGCUUUUUCUCUGUGAUUAAUGGAUUUUCUACAUUUCAAUUAGAUAAGCAUUUUCAAGAUUUCUUUAUGCUGUCCUAAAUGCCAAUGUAAUUCAAAUAGAGAUACACCUUAUUGAAAGUUAUGCAGUUGCGAAGACUUUUCAGUUGACAAAAAUACUGUGUACACUUUCUAAGAAAUUAUCUGCUCUGAAUUAAAGGCAGUGAAAUAUAUUAGAGGUUAAAAGAAGGAAUCGAUAGCUGCAUCAGUUACAGAUAACCUGCGUUCACGCCAUACUUUUAGAAUAAGGUGUCUUACAUCUUAUUCAUAAACUCAACGGGAAACUAUUCUAGAAUGAAAAUGCAAGUCAAGAAAUUGAAUGUUUUAAAAAGAGAGCACUCUCCAUUACCACUAUUACAAGAGCAAUACAUAUUUAGUAAAAAUCCACACUUGUAUUAUUUCAACAUCUCACACUGUCUACUGAUAUUAAGAGUCUCACAAAGGGUUAUCGAUUUAAGUUACCAAGUUACAGUAAUUAAAGUCUAUGUGGCUUUUCAUUGUGUCAUUCUUGAAAAUAAUUCUAGUUUUCAAUUUAGAUACAAGGUACACUGGACCGGACCCGCGAAAAAUGAUCUUUGAUGAAAGGAAAAACUAGUUUACUAAGUGAUUUUUACAAAGCAUGCGUAUAAACGGUGGAGUUAACAUUAGUCAACAGAAGCUUCGUUGCUUUAUUACUUUUUUCUCCCUUCAGAACCCAUGUUUAGAAGCCUGUUUCCGUUUUUCAUGGCGUUGGAAAAAGCAUGUAUUUUUUUUUUUUUUUCAUGUUAUUGUGUUAAGCUGAAACGAAAUCCUUUCUCUCCAGAGUGUGUCAAAAAGCAUAUUAACAACAACUACCGCAAGAAGCGAAGAUAUAAAAAUCAGUUUUACUCCUGCCGGUAAAUAUACCAGGUGUUUCCAAACUUUCCCAAAUAAAUUUAACCACCUGAUAUUUUUAAACACUUAUAAAUUCAUGAAAGAAAACCAUUUCCCCUGUAUUCCUCGAGGAACAACAAGUAAGAAUCUUACCAUAAAUUGCCACAAUAAAAUGGUUAUUUUAUGCUGAAUUGGUUUACCUGCCCGUAUGAAAGGCAGAGGGCUUCGUGCGCCAAUGCAUUUUUAGAAUGUGAAGAACGCAAACGUUCGUUUUUAAUUUAAAGAUAUCAACAGUUAAUUUUUGAAGUCAAGCCUUGUGAGCGAAUGGUUGCUUCUAUUAUUUUGAUAUCUUUUGUUAAUAUUUUGUGUUAUAUGAUACUGCCGCCCUGUACUUUUCUUUCAGGUAAACAAUAUAGCUUAAGGCGUAAAAGAAUAAUACAUUAUUUUGUUUUCGUCCGUCAACCAUUUAAGCCGAUUCAACGCUUCCGAUAUGAUGCGAUAGCUAUAACUUGAAAAGUAAAAACUGUUAUUUGACAAGAGAUGGAAACUGUUGCAAUUAAAAUACGAACUAGUAAUAGGUUACUUGUAUAGAAAUGAAGAUAAAUGCUAUAAAUGCAUUGUUUCUUUAUUCAUUUUUUAGUUCGUAUUAGACAACAUGCCAACAGACAUAUCACCAACAGUUUCAGUCAAUAAAAAUAUUGCAUUUUUACAAGAACUUUUCAGGUGAGAUUGUACUUGAACAAUUCUUGGCUGGCGUAUUCAUACUGAGAGAUUUCGCUUAGUAAUUUUCGAUUAAAGGUUUAUUCAGUGUUAAUUUGCGAAUGUGCUCCUUGUGAAGUCAUUGCUGAAAUUAAAGUUGGAACGUUUCUCUGAGCGCCAUCUGACUCGCUUUCCUUAUUUCCCUCCCCAAAAAAAUUAAGCAAAAACCUCAAAACGUCGUUAUAUGAAUCACGUUUUCUUUUAUCAAGGUUUCUUGUGAUUAAAAGGCCUGAAAAUCGCUCAUCCUUCAUUCUAAUAAAAUAAGAAAAUUUCAUAACUGUUUCACUUGCCUUCGAGUGACGCUGUCCAACUCGUUUUAAAAUUUCUUAUUGUGAGAUUGCGCUUUGAGGCUCCUACAAUGUUCUGUUCCCUCAAUUUAUCUCAACCAAAGUUUUCGCCAUGAGUGGAUUACUCCCGUUAAAACUGAAAUCAACCUCUGGCUUAAGAUUUCACAGUGACCUCAACACUCAAUUUGUGAAUAGCGAAGUGUUGGUUGUUGUAUUGUUGUGUCAUGACAUUAAUUCUGGUAUCUGUUCUCUCUGAGACAGGUAGGAGAUUUGUUCGCUAGAUCACCUUUAUUACCCUUUUGAUAAAUUGCAACUUUGCUUACACCACAGGAGUGCUGACUAUCCUCAAAUUAACAGUGUAGGUAACAGUUUACUCGCAAAAUGUCUAUUUAACAGUGAAAAUUGAUGUAAUGUGACAUUCUAAUGUUUGACGAAGUAGUACUUGUCAAAUUUAUCAUGCAACAGUGCUGUGAAAUUCACCUAUUUACCUUUUUCUGGAGGCAAUAAAACACGUACGGGUGCUUCAAAGUUAUAUGAAAUUUAUAAAUAGAAUACACUGCGAAUAUAUUUUUUUGUACAUAACAUCUUCGUUAAUUCCUGAAGGAAUGUCCUUGAUAGGCAUAUCAAUUUAAGAUAAAGCUGAGUGAUACAAAGACAUAUUUUUUACAAUAAAAAUUUGCACAGAUGAAAUUAGUCUUUAAAAGCAGUGUUCAUCUUUCGUUGUGCAUCUAUUUCUUUAAUGGGGUAUGUUUGGCCCCAGCUGACUUUGUGAAGCCAUAGGGCACUGUCCGUAUCCAUAAUAAGACUUGUAAUACGAAGUUUGAAACGCAGAAAGCAUUGGUGUCUUCUCGGGGACUCGUUCGGGCAAUGUGUGCGCUUGAUAGCCAGGAUUUUGUGGAACACGGGUCACUGGAACAUGGCUAUGAUGGUACUCGCCGGGUGAGACGUGAGGGUCUUGCCCAUGGCUGGAAAGAGCAUAUCCAGUUGGAACAUAUGGACGUUUAGGUGCACCUGCAGUCGAAGCUCCUACAAUUGGCACCACAAAUGUUUCGCUGUACGGUGGAGGAACGUGUGGGCUGAGAUAAUGGUGCACUGGGUAGCUGUAGCUAGGCGAAAUGGCGUCAAAGUUAGAGCUAUACCCAAACGUAGCAUAUGUAUCUUUGCUACGGGCACUUUUGUUCUUCCUUCGACGAGGUUUGUAAGAAUAGUCAGGGUACUUUUGGCUGUGAAUCGAUCGCAGUCGCUUGGCUUCCAUGAUGAAGGGCUUCUUUUCUUCGUCGCUCAACCGGCUCCAUUCGGCACCAAGGAGUUUGCUUAUUUCACAGUUAAGCAUGUUCGGGUACUUUAGCGCGAGUUUGCGACGUUCAGUACGUGACCACACCAUGAACGCAUUCAUUGGGCGUUUGAUAUGCUCGUCUGAUUCUGCCAUGUUGAUUUACGUCUGCGGAGCCGGGCUAGUCGGUGCUUAGUUCUUGGGCGUUAGCUAAUGACUUCAGCAACAAUCACUUCUGAUAGAGUGACUUGAAGGAAAUGCACGUCUUAAUGAAUAACCAAUCUAACAGUAAAACCUUGCUCUGACCUACAAGGCGUUAUGUAAGGGCGUAGUUAAUUUCGUACCUCGGCCUUUCAGGUUCGCGUGUCGGUCAGUGGACAACACUGAAGCACAAUCCAUCUAAUGCCACUUCGAAUUUUUGGUACUUGAUAUAGGAGAGGCUAAACAAUAAAUUCAAUGAGGUUUUGAAUAAUUUAUAUCUUUCUGCGCGGGGAGGCAAGCGCGCGGGGAUCAGCUGCAUGGAUAUGAAAUACAGCUGGCUUGUGCUAUACAAUAGCUUUUUAAUGGGCAUAAAUUUUCUUCAAAAUAACAAUUUAAAUACCCAAACUGUUGUACAAAUUGUAAAACUGCUAAUUUUAAAGUAAUCGUCAUCGUCAUCACGAUAAGUGAUAUCGGAUAUGGCGUUAAGAAGUGAAUUUGGUUAUUCGAAAGGACAUCUCCGAGUAUGUAACAGUCAGUAACCAUAAACGAUGGAGUCGAAUGCGAAGUAUUUAAAACAAAAAAAGCGAUAUACUUGUAAAGGUACUAUUUACCUUUUGUCAGUACCUUUAACUAUUCCUGAUACAUUUCAUUUUCAUCUUUUGUGUUUUGGUAUUCAAUAAACGAAUGACAGCACCAUAUCAAACUUUGGGUUGCCAUUUUUGUUUGACAAUAGAACAGCUUUUUCGCUCCUUUUACGGCCUUUUUAAUUGUUUUAACGGAUUAGGCUUCAUUGUUCGUAAAACGAUGGUUAAAAAACUCCUCAACAGGGGUUGAAAACUUCCCUGGGAUCUGACAUAAAAGCUUUUUUGUCAAAAAAGAGAAAAACGCAGAAAUUGAACUGUAACAAUAGACAAAGUGUACGCGGCGUCGGUCAAGAAAUACAGUGUUUGAAGAAUAAGUGAGAAUAAAAUAAACACAAGCAGAGACAAAGGGACUUAAAGUUCACUAACAUAUGUCAUGAAGAUAAAUCAUGAAAUUCUCAAUUGUAAAUUAAAAAUGAAGCCGGUAAAUGUUACUUUUUAGGAGAUCGAAGAAAUAAGUAAUUUUAAAAACUUAACGCCUUUUGCCCUGAUGCUAAAAUUUACCUAAAUUUUAAGGAGGUAUCAUUUAAGAGCGUACCCGUCGUUAAAUUUUUACCCCUCAUCCAAGGCGAUGGGAUGGCUGUUUAUGUAUGGAAAUCAAUUUAUGGACCUCCACGAUUCAAAUUGAAAUGGACUGCCUUGAAUCACAUCAAACUGUGAGGUAAAUUUGCCCUGAUAUUUUCAAUAAAAAGUCUUCUUUUGGAGGAGGAUACAGAUAUGCAAGAUUUACAAAUAUGACCGAUGUAAGGCUGACAGCAAAUCAAGGAGGUUCGUCCCUCGUUGAAAGGCAAAUUAUCAAGAAUUCAUUGUUGUCAGUGGUACCUGCUUGCCGUCUUUUCAUUUAACGAGCGUGUACAAAGGCUAAAUAAGCAUAAUUAAUAAGCAACGAGACAGCACUGUCGAGAUGCUUUCUUAAACAAGAUUUAUCAGUCCCUACUAGGGAAACGUGAAAGACGUUUGCACGCCAUUUUUGAACAAAAAUUUUGCGUAAGACUGGCGAAUUUCACGGCAGAUCCAUAGUUUUUCGGCUAUUUCGCAAUGACUAACUGCGAAAUAAGUUUAUUUUAUAGAACAGUUGUUAAUUACACGUGAUUAAACAAGGAAUCACUUUUUUGCUAAUUUGAAUCUCAUUUCAAGACAAAGUUGUUUUCAUCUCCAGUUUCCAUUAUCGUGUACACAAAGACAUCACCUACACAAAGGCAAGCCUCUAGGGCAAUAUCAUUUCCUGUAUUACUUGUUUAAACAUUUCAGAAUUUUGUGUAUGUCUAUUUUCUUUGGCACGAGGAUACAUGAGAACAUUUUUCUUUACAAAUAUAGUAAUAGAGUAUACAAUUUUAACUUUCUUGUGGGCUAAGCCAUCGAUACAAUUAAAUUCUUCGUAAAUCUCGAAAUAGCAGAAAAAUUGCAUUUUUUAAACUUUGCCCACGUGCUUGGUUCAUGAAGCAGGUAUACAGAUUGAUUGUCAGUCAGUUGUUGUAGAAUUUUUAUCUUCUUGUUUUCACCUACAUUUGGAAGAGUAAACAUGUUUUUGAAAGGCCUUUCUUGACUUAUCCGGCCUAAAGUUUCAAAUAAUUGUGUCAAGCGAUGCGUGCCUUAAUGUUAAAUGGUUCGUUGAACAGUAUUGAAUACUUUGAUUUGUUGAGAAAAUCUUAAGUGAAGUCAACGUUAAUGCUUUAAGUGCCUUAAGUUGACAAUUGGCACAAAAAUGUGUGUGACUGGAAUUCUACAGCUUAAACCGCUUUAAAGUUAGGACUUGUUGGAAUAUUGUAUUUAACCCUAUUUCAGUUUUACCAGGUUGUUGCAAAGUUAAAUAAUAAAUUGACACCAACAAUGUGUGGCUAUAAACACCAUAUUAGCGCACGCCCUUUGUGCCAACUUAAAGGCUCCCGUUUAGUAGAAAAUCAAUAUAACCAUGGAAAGCUUUGAAGGGAGCAAUUUAAAAACUAUGCUUACCCAACAGGCAGGUUGAAGUUAUAAGUUCGAGUUUCAUGCGACUAAGAAGAAACGUGCUGUUUGGACCCAUUACAAAGACAUAUGGAAAAAUAUGUUUUAGGGAAAGUGAUAAUGGACGGUUCAAGGUUUGAGUUGUUUGUGGUUCUGUUUUUCAAGUAAUAUUUUCUUCAUUGGUUUAUCGUUUUUAUGGCUAAAGGCUCUGACCGCACCGUAAUUCGCGAUUAAUUUAGCUUGAAGGCUCAUUUCAUGUCAUUUAAAUUCGAUAUUUUCAACACUGUCAGUUAUAUUUGUUUUUGCAUCCUAUGUGAGUUUUUGAUCCACUGUCUUUUAGUAUCUUAUAUGUUUUAUUACCAUUUUAAUUAUCGGUUACUCUUAUUAAAUAUCUGGCUGUGCUAUUCGUUGCUUUUGGCAACCAUGGCAUUCAUUCAUUUUUUACUAAAGCUACUUGCAAAGUUAAUGUAGCGUUUUAAAAGUUCACGGUCAGAAAUUGGACUACAGCCGAGAUCUUGAUUUCCCUUAUUUUCUUUAAGAUUUUCUUUGCGUAUCCCCUCGAAUUGUACUAAUGACAUCAUUUUAGCGCCUCCAAUUCAAUUUAGUGAGAAGACUUUGAGGUGGUAUAAACUAAGGUAAUUUUAACGAUUCGUGUUAAAGUGGUCACUUAGCGAUCACUAGCUACUCAAAAAAUCUAUACAAAAUCAAAGUUUUAAUAAGUUCGCCUUCCUCGGUUAAUUAAAAUGCGAUAGUAUCUUUUUAUUUGUGAAGAUUUUAAUUCAAACAGGCUCUAUUUGAUUUGUCUUUGUACACAUGCCCUUGCCAAACCCUGUUGAUAUUUUGUGAGUGAAUCAAGUUGUUUGAAAGCUGUGCUUUGUCACCAUUUAUCUUCUCUCGAUCGCUUAUUUUUUCACGUAAAAUCUGCAUGGGUCAUAUAAAUUAAACCAGGACUUUUAAAAAAUGGCGUCUACAUUGUGAUCGCCAGUUGUAGUUACCGGUUUACAUGCCACUUUUCAUGAGGCUUGUAGCGAUCUUUACUUACGUGCAUAGUUCUUGGGAUUUAAUAUUUAGGUUUCCUUCAUUGAUAUGGUAAAGAAUUGUAUACACAGCCAUAUGAUAUACUCUUUAUCUGACUUAUUCAUUUGUAAUUGCUAAUAGCGUGCUGAAAAAAAAAACAUAAAAGCAACAGAAGAUUUUGCUUUGAACAAAAGUAAAGAGCAGAUGGAAUUGAAAACCAGACAAAAGGCGAAAGCCUCUGUUAAUGCGCAAAAGCUCUUUCCUAAAGAGAGUCAUUUUAUGCAUCACAUAUGUGGCUUCAUGAGAAAAGGACAAUCUAGCUUUGAGUGUUUGUGCGAGCGGCUGUCAAUUGAAUAGCAUGGAUUCUUCAAAGGGCAAACCGUUGGCUAGAAUUUAUAGGUUGGCAGAGAAACCAAAUUUCGAUCAAAAUGGUGUCAGAAUAAUAUACUUUAAUUUAAAAGUUAACUGACUAUGAAAGGUUAAUGAUUUGUAUUGCUAUUGAACUGUAAACGAUUUGUUAACUUUGAAUUUCUUAGGUCGUUUGAAUGACUCGGGCAAUUUCCAUCUUGUCUUUUCUUUACGGGGAAAGAUGUACUGAUUGGCUGGAAAUGUAGGACAUUUUAAAGUUUUCUUGGCGCGCUUUCGAUUACUGGUGCCUUGCGAGAGCAAACAACACAAACUAACUUCUCGCAAGCUUUAGUUUUACGUUUCUCUGUAAACGUCACAAUUAUUAUCUUUAUUUUUCCACAUGUUUGUUGGGCCUCUACGAAAAUUUAAGCUUUUUGUCAAGUUCAAUGCUGGGAAUUUACUUCUUCACUCAUCGUUACUGACAAUGACUCGCUAAAGAAUAUUAAUGUAAUAUAAGCGAGUGGAUGAGAUUGCUUUGUCAGUGGCUACUUUCCGAAGUAAUUCUGAUUUUUCAUUGUGUCUGAAAGAAUUCCCAGCCAGUGUAAAAAAUAAACAAAAACGAAGAAAAAACAAGCGUAUUGUUAUAGAGAACUCCAUUCUACUCUUCCAACACAUUAGAUUUCAAUACAGUUUCUCAGCUAUGAUUCCUUACAUUUAUUUUCUUUUAGUCAGCAUUGAUUCUUUUAUUCUUACUUUGCGCUGAAGCGUAUUACAAGUUCAACCUGACCGCCGCGUUACACUUAACGGGUACAUGGGCGGGACGAAAGUGUAAAGAAAACUUUUUGCUCUUGUUCUUGGGCUUUGUAUAGUUGUACCUUCGUGACAAAGGGCAGGUUUUUACGCAAAAAUGUCAAGAACUUCCGAAGUGCCUGAAAUACAGGUUGCCUCUCGAACACUGCAAUAUACGCGACACACGUGGGCCACCAUGAAUAUAGUGAAUGACUCGUGGCAUUAUUUUCUUCGCGUUCACGGGGCGGUGUUUGUUUAUGUCUGAGCUUAGUAAAGGGAUUUAAAAUUAAUUAAAGCUUCGAUAAACAUUCUUUUCUUUUACCCACGCGUUUGCCCGCAGUAGGGAUAGUGAAACACAAACAAGAGCAAAAAUACUUAAAAUUAUGUGUUCGAUUACAAUUUCACUCAACCCCAUUUGUUUAGGUUUCAACACGUGGACCACUAACAGGUCGCAGACAGUAAUCUUGGGUAGCUGGAAGUUUUCAUUUUAAAAUUGUUCCCUUUAUCCCAAAGUAGACCACCUUUUUGCGAAGCUGGUAUACUCAGUUUCUUUUGUCAUAUUCCACGAGGAUACAAGCAUCCAAGUAAGUUUUUAUUCUGUGUCAUUCACGGAUUAUAUUGGGAAGAUUUUAAUAUGACUCAGAGUGCUUUCUUACCAAUCUAACAACAAUGCUCGGUCAUGUUACUAGCUCCAAAUUAUUUUGGACGGUUUGCAAAGAAAAUAAAAACAUUUCUUUAUUUCUUUCAUGAGAUUCAUUUUAAGCCGUCAUGACCGCGAGGAAACUAACUUAUGAGGCCCACUAUAUAGCUAGGGAAAACUAAAAGUUCAUUUAUAUUAAAAUCAGCUGAAUUGCUCUGUCUUAUACUGAACUUUGUUUUGUUUUUCCGGGAAAAAAAUAUAUACUUUUUGGCUUUUUGGGCCUUUUUUUGCUGCUAAGCCGAAACAAAAAUGCCAAAAAGCGGUAUUUUCAACUCUUUUGUGUUUUACAUCGUAAAGGCAUGUUUAUCCGGCCACCCAAGUCUUACUGCUUUAGUUAUGGUGGUAUAUUAAUGGUUGCUUGUUAUUGAGCAACUUGGCUUUUAUUUAGGUCAGAAAGAUACAACAGCUAUAGUACAAUUCAUGUAGUUGUGAGGCGGGCGUGAACAAACUGCAUUGAAUAGUCCGUGAACUUCGCCAAAGUUUAUUUUUUAAUCUCAUAACCAGGGAUCUUUUAAUGUAGGGACAAAGAAAUAACUUAAGUGUGAUCUGUUUUCAUUGUUCUGUAUUCAUGAGUACGCAACACAGCGAAGUAUGAAUCAGCACGAGUCAUAGUCAAGUCUCCGCCUAAUCCUUCAAUAAUUGCUCCCUCUUGUCUCCGGCGCGACAACAACACCGGUCUAACUUUUUUCUUGGUUAAGCAAUGUAUUUUUCUCUUUGAAGAGACAUGGGCGUUAAUUUUGUUGUCUUUGUACUGCGCUGUCUACACUCACUGCUUUAUACUCGAACGGACACAUGCUCAUGCCAUGCUCUUAAUAAAGUCACUAAAAUGUCGAGCUUAACUUCAUGCUUAACAUGUAAAUGAAUUUAAUCGGAAAAUUAUUUAUAUAGCAAAGCCAAACGAGAUAAUUGCUCUCUCUUUUGAAAAUUGUAUCACUUAAAAGUGUAGCCAUUUUGGAUUACAGCACGGAUUGUUGUAACUUGAUGUUUUGAGUGGAGGUGAAAGUUAGGUGAAUUUUAUCAUUUGACUUUCCACAAAAAAAUUAAAACCUGAUAGCCGUUUAAGUUUAUUCAACCAACUGUACCAAGGGUUCGUGGUCCCCGCACAAAAAGUUAGAUGAUGCAGAUAAAUAAGUCAAAACAACUUGUACCUUUGAGAUAUGGCAAUGGUGAGCUUUCAGUUUCAAGGACUAAGCUUUAAGAACGUUUAUAAAGGGGCAAAUGGGUCGACCUCUAGCUACUGAACUGAUUGAGUGUUUACUUGUAUAGGCGGCCUCCUCCGGCGGAGAGAAAGGAGAGACAAAAUAAAACUAAUGCAAUUCCAAACCUCUUUUCUUGAGUGUUUAUCAGAGGUGGUUACUUUUGGCCGUCGUCUUAGGCCACUCAUUUUCCUAACAUGAUGUCUUCUUUACUACUAAUAAGAUAAAACGCUUUGUCUUAAAUCUGCCUUAAAAGAAAAAAAAAAUGAACCAGAGCGUUUCGUAUUGCCUGGCUACUGGGCGGACCGACUCAUUGAUGCUACCGAGUUCAAAGAAAUAUUUUUUUUUGUCUGUGUGUUUCAAUGGAACAAGUUUUCUUGGCAAAUUUUGAUUUCAGAUCGACUUAUUACGUGCUGAGACAAAUUUCCGCAUAGUGGAUCAAGAAACUGCGUAAUAACCUCGUUUCAACUGGCAAAUGAUAUAUAUAUAUAUACAUAGAACCUAAAAGAUCAGAUGUGGACCAAACGGAAGCAACUUGAAUUGGCAAAAUCAGUAAUAAAACCAUACAGGGAGCAAGAAUAGCAAAGUACCAUAGAGAGGAAAGGUAUUUUCUCUUAUAUAUUCGUCACGGUGAUAAGGUUGCUCAAAUAGUCACAUCGGUUUCCAGGUGAUUUGGCUGUUGCCCUUAACCAUCAUCAUGAUCGUUCGGACUCGCUCACACUUUUCGAGUUUGGGCUAGAUUUUUCUAACUAGUAAAUUUUUAUUUUCUCACAGAUUCGUCACCACUACCUAAGAAGAUUACUAACAGGAAAAAAAAUCAAAGGGAAAAAAUCAAUCAGUUUCAAGUGGAGUAACUAUACAUUGAGAGACUCCAAGGGCUAUGGGUUUGCACUAGAGAAAACGUCAGAAGUUAAUUGCUAAAUUUGUAUCAUUUAGUUAAGAUUAAAUUUUACUUACUUCACUUUACUUUUUAUCAUUGUAGCGAAAUAGGGGCCUGCCAAAACUAAGUAUCAUACCGUACAUGCCCGAGUGCUGAUCAUGAUACAGUGGAAUCCCAAUUUUUGGACCCUCCAAGGGAAAUGGAACUUUGUUCGAAAACUCGAAGAUGGCAUCGAAUCACAGCUUUUUUACCAUGAUAUUGUCUUAUAAAACGGCCGCAGACAACAACAGUACAGCAGUCUUGCUUGUCAAUUUACGUAAAUAUUAAAAGAUCUAAGUCAACUUAGCAAAACAAACCAGUUCUGUAUUGAUAUACAGUAUGUGUUAAUUUUGCGCGGACUUGGGCUGUAUUUCCUCCCAUUUACUUUAACAGAAGCCCACAGUGAAAAAAAAAACUACAGUAAAAAAAAUACAGUUGUUAAGUUCACUCAUCUAAACUGAAUAAAGGGUGAUAAACUCUUGCUUCUUUUCAACUCUUACAAUCUUCUCUGUGGUUUCUUAAAUGAUUUUCGAUUAUGUAACAAUUAAUGGCGUUGUAGCCUUUUUGGGACUAAGUGAGAGAUUUGUCAGUUGCUCUGUAAUAAAAAAGUGCACGAAAACACUUUCCUCGAAAUGUGCUGAACUCUUAUCAGGAGUGCAUGAGGCUAAAAUGGUUUUUGUUGGUUUCCGAAUUUUGAAGAGUUCGACAAAUUGAAAUAAGAUUUUUGAAAGGAAGCAGAAUAAUAUUAGUUUUAAACUGAUCGGGAGUUUCGGAUAAUCGACGGUUUGAAAAAUUGGUGGUAAAAAUAGCAGUAACUGACCGAAGCAAAUCCAAAAGGAAAUAACCUUUGGUUCUAUAAAUCGGGAGUUUCGAAAAAUCAAUGAUUCCACUGGCUAUAUAUUUUUUACCUGAUGUUUUUUAUUACUUUCAGUAGAAGCCGGGUGUCUUAUGUACAGAGUGGCUUACAGGAGGAUAGAUAGUGGGCUGGAUGAGGAGGUUGUUGUAUUUCAAAGGAAAAAAUCACAUUUCGAUCAAAUGGGAGGAAACUGGGAAGAGAGAAUUCAAAAAGAAACAACGGUUCUACUGGACCAAUUUCAAUCCAUCGGUUCUCAUAAGUCUUAUAUCAUUUACACAAUUGCCGCAAUUGAAAUUCAAAAUAAGCAUCAAGAAUAAUUAAUGUACACGUAGUUUUGAAAUACUAAAAAGAUAUAUUAAUAAGUGAAAGUCCUGCGAAAAAGGUCAUCUUUGAAGUGUUACGCCAAAAGAUUUCAUUCACCCAGAAGCUACAGUUACAUAGACAUGUCUCAAUAAUUUACUGUGGAAGUGAAGAAGUGACUGAGAAAUACACAAAGUUGUCCUGAUCGCUUGAAAUAGAACGUUAUUAUCUUAGCUAGUCCAUGCAUUGUUUUCAUCACUGUUUAUUGAUCUUUGACAGUAUACUAAAAAAGAAACAAAUGUUAAUAGAGAGUUAAGGUAGCGCAUCGAGUAUUCUUAAAGAUCAAUGUUACACGUUUUAUUAAAUAUAUUUUAUGAACAAAUGCUUCAGUUUGAAGAGAUAUAACAUAUCGCUCGGUAAGUUUUAAGGGUGGGUUAAGUAUUGGGUAGGAACUAUGGCAAUCUAAAUAACCAGAGUUUCCCUUUUAGGAUGUGAAACUGAAACAAGAAUAGACUAAUUUGCAUUUUUAUUCUUCCUCUUUCCACCCACAAUAUUACAUCAUUCGCCUCAGCAACACAGAAUCUCAAGCAAGCUAAUUUAGAUGUUUGUAAGACUCCUUUUAAUAUAAAUAAAGUUGCUCUUUAAACUUCUUUAUACCUCCUUAAUGGGAAUGACCACGCCCAUCACCCCUUUUGACUCUUUGGGCUCGGUAAAUUUUGCCUCAGCAACCAACAACUUCAGACUUUAAGUGCUUUUUGUUAAUAAGUGCUUACUCGUUUGAUUAAAGUGUGUUGACUGUUACUAUUUAUUAAUCUAGCACAGAAGAGAGAAAAUGUGUUGUUAACUCGUCAUGCCGAAGGGGAAAAUAAACAGUUUAGCAAGUGUUGGCUAGUGGAACCAUGACCCCCUUAGCACUGCUUUUUAACUAUUAAUCUUUUUUAAUGCAGGUAUAAUUAGAAUCCAUUCAUGUUUACUCCACCUGAUGUUUAUAAACAAAGCUGGCUAAGCGAAAAAAUAAAACAAAAAAACAUUUUAACCAAAACGUAUAUAAUUUACCAGCAGCUAGAAAAUGAUGCCACAUGUUGUGGACAUUAAAGGCUUUGUGCCUUUACCUUCGGCUUUAAAUUAAACGGAAAUCUAACUGACAUCCCUUGUCAAAAGAAGACAAUCAUUACAUAGCUGGCCUCUGCUUGAAAACCAACGGGUUGCUCUAAAUCGGGGGAACAUACGUCCAUCUGGCGCAUGACCUUUGUUGGCGCUCAUCACGUACACAAACUGAAAGAAGUAGUUAAAAAAUUCAUACUGCGUUUGUUAUUUUUUGCCUUUUUAGUUAAGUACGGAUGCAUCCUCAGUGAAGUCAAAACAAGUUUUUCACCUGGUUCAUCUGCAAUUAUGAUAGACAACAGCACUACAGCUGCGGUCAGCCGAUAACCCACUGGACACACCCGAACCUAACGCACUUGAUCCUCAGCUGAAAAAUUCUGUUUUUAGCUCAAUAUUAGCUUAUUUGUCUCAGUUAUUUUUAGUUCUGUUAGUUUAGUUUUUUUUGCUCGUUUAUAACUCGUGAAACCAGUUGUUGACUGUCCUGUGCAUCUAUUCACUUUUCGAUCACAGUAUGCACUAUAAAUAUGACUCGAAAAAUCAAUAUAUCUGGU